AUUUUGGGCUAUACAAAUAAAAUUGAAAAAACUGAAUUGAAUUAAUUUGUUAUUAUUAUAAUUUAACAAUCAUAAUUUGAUUUCUUUGAAGAAAAUAUUUGAAGCUGCAUGUAUAUGUUAUGUAUACUACAAUUGCUGUAUUAUUUCAAAAUUUAUAAUUAAAAAAAAAGAUGGUGCGACCUUUGACCGGAUGCCAAGUCCUUCCAUGAAUGUCUUCCGACUGGAAACAUUACUCAAAAGUACAAUACCUGAAAAAAAACCCGUCUCCACGUGAAAGAGUAGCUUAAAAACAGCAAAUGCAAGUUUUUUAUAAACCGCAUUGAAGUGCCACUCUUUCACCUCCUGCCUUGUAAUUCUUUUUCUUCCUGUUAUUGUUCUGCACUGUUUUAUAUUGGAUCGUUGUGAUCAAUAAAGCUAUUGAAAAAAAGUGUAACCCUUUUCAAAAAUGGCUUAAAUAAACUACAUAAUUGUUACAGUAUCAUACAUUAGUUUUGAUAUUUUAAAGAAAAAAAAAGUAUGGGUAAUUAAAUAAAAAAGUGGUGCAUAAAGUUUGAUCAAUUAUUACUUUUUGUCUGUCAUAUGAAUGAUCUGUUUCCACACGGACCAGAAUAAAGGUUACACCGUCACAAGCAAGAGACCACCGCGAAAGUUCGUGACGAAAAUCCAAAGGAGUUUUAAAAAAAAAAGGUAUCAAGGAUGUUUUUCUGCACCACCGACAGCGAGAGCUUCUCCAAGGCCGACAUCCUCCGAGGGAUCAUCACCGAGAAGCUCGGCAUCGCCACCCGCGACAUCCUGGCGGUGGUGGAGAGGACGGUGGCCGACUACGAGGAGGAGGCGUCGGGCUUCAGGCGGAGGAUCGCGCGGCAGGAGCGGCAGCUGGAGCUGCUGCAGCCCCGGGUUCACCUGCCGUUGGAGCCCAAACCGCGUGGCUACAAGGAACUGGUCAAGGCGGAACAACCGAAGGAGGAGCUGCUCUCCCCGCCGCCUGGCGUGGAAGACUCUGUGAGGCUCCACUUUCCUCAGAACAACAACGAAGAUGAUGAUGAUGAUGAUGAUGGUGGUGAUGGUGGUGUUGCCUUUGAUGAUGAAGCCCGUGAUGAAGAAAAGCAGCUGGCAGAACAGGUCCAGCCUUCAGCGAGUUCCAGGGAAAAGUCCAAGGAUCCGGAUUUUGAACUUCCAAGGAGACCGCAGCGGCGCCCAGUCCGGCCCAGCAGAGCCCGGACCAGAAGCGGUCCAACCCACCUGAACCUCAGGAUUCGGUUCAUACAGGACCCAAACGUGGACCUGUUGCACCGCUGUGUUUUGCAAAACACAAUUGUCCGGGACCUCAGCUUUCCUCAAAGUCUUCAAGAGUCAGAAUUCGUGGAUCUGAUCAGGUCCUCUUUCCCGCUGCUGGCUGAGAGUGACAAAGACUUUGAGAUCCACACACUCAACCAUAGUAAGAGGCUGAUAAAGCUGCCGCUGAAGACCAUGGCUCCCAGGGAGAUCGUCAGGAGCAUGAAGUCCAACGCGCCGCGGGCCACUGUCCUCUUCAUCAAGCUGAAGAGGCCAGAAGCUGAGAAGAAGUCAGAGGAAACGUCUGAAGAGAAACUUAAAGGAACAUCUGAGGAGAUCAAGGAGAAAUCUGAGGAGAAAGAGGAGAAGCCGGAGGAGGACAAUGAGGAGAUGGAAGAUUCCCACGUAUCAACAGUAGAGGACACACCUUCAUCUUCUGAUGCUGUACCAGAAGAAGAGGAUGUAGCUGGACCGAGUUCAAGACCGCAGCGGCACCCAGUCCGGCCCAUCAGAUACUGGACCAGCAGCAGUCCGACCCACCUGAACCUCAGGAUUCGGUUCAUAAAGGACCCAAACGUGGACAUGUUGCACAGUUCUGUUUUGCAAAACACAAUUGUCCGGGACCUCAGCUUUCCUCAAAGUCUUCAAGAGUCAGAAUUCGUGGAUCUGAUCAGGUCCUCCUUCCCGCCGCUGGCUGAGAGUGACAAAGACUUUGAGAUCCACACACUCAACGGAAGUCAGAGGCUGAUAAAACUGCCGCUGAAGACCAUGUCUCCCAGGGAGAUCGUCAGGAGCAUGAAGUCCAACGCGCCGCGGGCCACUGUCCUCUUCAUCAAGCUGAAGAGACCAGAAGCUGAGAAGAAGUCAGAGGAAACGUCUGAAGAGAAACUCAAAGGAACAUCUGAGGAGAUCAAGGAGAAAUCUGAGGAGGAGAAAGAGGAGAAGCCGGAGGAGGACAAUGAGGAGAUGGAAGAUUCCCACGUAUCAACAGUAGAGGACACACCUUCAUCUACUGAUGCUGUACCAGAAGAAGAGGAUGUAGCUGGACCGAGUUCAAGUUCGGGUCCACAUGGUUUCAGUGAGAAAGCCGGGUCCAGAGACUCACCGGAACCUCAAAGGGACUCUGAGCUGGACGAUGUGGAUCAAGAUGAUGCUGAGGAUCCAGAAUGGAAACUGGAGUCCAAGCAGCAAAAAGAGGUGAAGAAAACAGCAGAUAAAACGAGUAAAAGUCUUGGAGGACGGUGGGAAAAAAGGGCCUGUAAAGUAUGCGGGUGCUGGUACAAAUCCCUAGGCAGUUUGAUCAAACACACGUGGACUCACAUGGACGAACGUCAAACAGUUUGUGGCGUCUGUGGAGACAAUUUUGAAUCUCCGGAAGAGCUGAAAGAACAUCUGAGCACCUACGAUAAAGUCCACAAGUGUGAGGAAUGUGGGAAAACUUUUGUUAAAAUAGAUAUUUUCAAAAGACAUUUAGACCUGCACUCCAGAAAGGUGGACAUCCAGUGUGACGUUUGUGGCAAAACGUUUGGAACCAAGAGUGGACUGAGCGUGCACAGCUGGAGCCACACAGAGGAACGGCCUUACAAGUGCGAUAUCUGUGAUAAGGCCUUUGGUCUGAAAAGUCUUCUGAAGGCUCACAGAAAGAACCACAACAAGAACCAGUGCCACAUCUGCGGUAAGACCCUGUCCAGCACCCGAGGUUUGUCCUGGCACCUGAUGAGUCACUCUGAAAAACGCAACUUUGCCUGUGAUGUUUGUGGGAAGCGUUUUAAAAUUCCCAGCACUCUAAGGAUCCACAAGAAGAUUCACAUGGAAAGAGAACGGUCGUUCCUCUGCCAUAUCUGCUGCAAGACUUUCCACUGCAAUACAAUGCUCAACAUUCACAUGACGACUCACAGCAGCGAGAAGCCGUUCGUCUGCCAGGACUGUGGUAAAGGCUUCACGAUGAAAUCAAAACUGAAGUUCCACCAACGAGUUCACAGCGAAGAGAGACCGCACUCCUGCUCCCACUGUGGACGCUGCUUCAAGCUGAAGUCAACCCUCAAAAUCCACAUCAAUACCCACUUAGGCAUCAAACGCUUUACCUGCACACUGUGCGGGAAGACCGCUUCACGGCCGGAACACCUGAAGAUCCACAUGAGGACCCACAAUGGAGAAAGACCCUACAAGUGCUCACUGUGCGACAAGGCCUUCACCCAGAGCCACUGUCUGAAAACACACAUGAGGAAGUUCCAUCCUGGAGAGAACCCGAGCCAGAACCCAACCGGACCCUAAAGGACCCUUAUCAGAACAAACCAAACAGACUUCUGAACAUUGAAACAGCAGAUUCAGAAGCUGCAGACAGAAGGAGUCCAGCAUGGAAAGCAGAGAUUGUUCUGUUUCCAUCCAUCCCAAAAACACUGGAUCGUCUGAAAUGAAGAAGUUGGACCUUUACACUUUCAGUAUUUUGAUCAGGUAGAUGCUGUAGACCAGGUGUCCCCAAACUAUGGCCCCCCCAUCCAUUUGACCUGGCCCCCUGAACGAUACCAGAGAGAGAUCCCUAUUUUGUUCUUUUUUUUGCAUUAUUAUAUUUUUGGGCUGGCCACGUGAUAAAGACUAUUGGAAGCAUGGAAAACGGAAUCCCUGGUAUUGUUUCCUCAUGUCAAUAAAGCUUCGUUGAUCAUAGUAGGUUUAAACAUUGUCAUCUGGACUUGAAAGUUAAAGACGUUUCACCUUUCAUCCAAAAGGCUUAGUCAAUUCUGAAAUAGCUGGUAAAAAGAAUGGUUUAUAUGUGAAACUGGAUAGUAUUGUUCACAUAGACUUCAUGGUUUCGGGUUAUUAGGAGUCUUUUGUUCUCAGCUGGAGUUGGGGACUCAGUAGCUACCCUCCCCAACAUGGUCAUCUCUUUCACCUGUUAAUGACCUAGGUGAAAGUGGUUCGGUUUGUUUGGGUUUCAGAACACUGCUGUAGAUGCAGUUUCAGGUCUGACUCCUCCCCCAUGAGCGCAUAUAUACCAGCUCAUUUACCAGCUAU